GAGGGAUCGAAGUGGAGGAAGAGGAGGGGCGUGAAGCAGCCACGCCCUGUCCCCGUCCCCCCCCUACCCCCCUGGUGUCACCUACAACUGGUCUCUCUUGUGGGAUCGGCGCCCAUCCCCCCCCGGGGAUGGUCUCCGCCAGCGGGCGCUGAGCCAGGCGCCAUGGGGAGUGCGCCAUAGACACCCCCCGGCGCCCCCCGUCUGCCGUGGCGGCCGCGGUGCUGAGCACCUGGGGGCGGAGCCCACCUUGGUCUCUCGUGAGCGCUCCUGGAUGGAAUUGCGGUGAAUGGAACAGAAGCUCAGCACCCUGGACUGCCUGUCGGAGCCAGAGGAAACCCGGUGGCUGGAUGGGAAACGCAAAAGAAAGAGCAGCCAAUGUUCGGUGAAGAGCAGCAUGUCAGGGUACAUCCCUAGUUACCUGGACAAAGAUGAACAAUGUGUUGUGUGCGGUGACAAGGCGACUGGGUACCACUACCGCUGCAUCACCUGCGAGGGCUGCAAGGGUUUUUUCCGACGGACCAUCCAGAAGAACCUGCACCCGACCUACUCCUGCAAGUACGAUGGCAGCUGUGUCAUCGACAAGAUCACCCGCAACCAGUGCCAGCUCUGCCGCUUCAAGAAAUGCAUCGCCGUGGGCAUGGCCAUGGAUUUGGUGCUGGAUGACUCCAAGCGGGUAGCCAAGCGGAAGCUGAUCGAGGAGAACCGGGAGCGGCGGCGCAAGGAGGAAAUGAUCAAGACCCUGCAGCACCGCCCGGAGCCCAGCACCGAGGAGUGGGAGCUGAUCCACGUGGUGACGGAGGCGCAUCGCAGCACCAACGCCCAGGGCAGCCACUGGAAACAGAAGCGGAAAUUCCUGCCCGAGGACAUUGGCCAAUCACCCAUGGCCUCCAUGCCCGACGGGGACAAGGUCGACCUGGAGGCGUUCAGCGAGUUUACAAAAAUCAUUACCCCGGCCAUCACCCGCGUGGUGGACUUUGCCAAAAAACUGCCCAUGUUUUCAGAGCUGCCUUGCGAGGACCAGAUCAUCCUGCUGAAGGGCUGCUGCAUGGAGAUCAUGUCGCUGCGGGCGGCCGUGCGCUAUGACCCCGAGAGCGAGACGCUGACGCUGAGCGGCGAGAUGGCUGUCAAGCGGGAGCAGCUGAAGAACGGCGGGCUGGGCGUGGUGUCCGACGCCAUCUUCGACCUGGGCAAGUCGCUCUCCGCCUUCAACCUGGACGACACGGAGGUGGCGCUGCUCCAAGCCGUGCUGCUCAUGUCCUCAGACCGCACCGGGCUGUUGCGGGUGGAGAAGAUCGAGAAGUGCCAGGAGACCUACCUGCUGGCGUUCGAACACUACAUCAACUAUCGCAAACACAACAUUCCCCACUUCUGGCCCAAGCUGCUGAUGAAGGUGACCGACCUGCGCAUGAUCGGCGCCUGCCACGCCAGCCGCUUCCUGCACAUGAAGGUGGAGUGCCCCACCGAGCUGUUCCCACCCCUCUUCCUCGAGGUCUUUGAGGAUCAGGAAGUCUAGGGCGGGGGGAGGGGAGGGGAGGGGAGGGGGCAAGGGGCGGGGCCAGGACUCGGACGAGAGCCCCGCCCCCAGCCCCUCCUGGACACGUUUUACUUGGUUCUUUUUCGUUUUGGUUUGUUUUUCUAAAUAUUGCCGCGUGGGUGUCACCCAGCAGCGCCGACACCACCACCACCACCCCCGCGGAGGGGGUGGGACCAUGGGGGGGGCUGCUGUCGGGAUGGGGGGAAGGGGCAACACUUUUCAAAAACCACACAAAACAUGAGCUUUUGGGGGUGGGGGGCGCAGGAGUUGGAUUUGGAGUAGCGGGGGAGGAUAAGUGGAACCUGGAUCUCCUUUCCUCUGAACCCCUCAGUUAUCGGGAUGCUGGGGGGGUGGAUACAUAGCCCUGGUUUCAACCCAACUGCAGGAAGAACCCCCCCACUCAUAGAAUUCUCCGUCCCAUCACCUCCCUGGCACUGGGCUCAGCUGGCACCUCACGGCUCCCCCCAAAUAAACCUCUCUCGUUCCACGGA